AUGUCGACAACAAACAAGAAAAAAAGCUCAUGCUCUUCCAAACAUUCAAUAAAAGAACAUCAUGAUGAAACUACUGAUGAUAACAACAGAGAAAAGAUAAUCAAUCGUGAUGAAAUUUCCAUUGAAGAGAUUCACACGGUCAACGAUUGGGAACAUGCUGAUCUAGGAGAUGAAUUACGCAAACAAAAAUUUCUUCGAUUAAUGGGUGCAAAGAAACGUAAAGAUGAAAGUCGAACAGAUCUCAAAGAUUCGUCUAGCAUAAAUCAUAACGAUACUCUGUCAUCUGAAAAGAAACAUUGUCGUUCAAAAACAGAAAAUGAAGCAAUUAAUCUCGAUUUAGAAAAACAAUUUAAUGAAAGUUUACAAUCAAAAAUAUUAUAUACACAUCAUGAAGGUCUUGGCUUUCAUGGUAGUGAUACUAGUACUGCUUCCAGUUCAAAUGAUUGGCAUCAUCAACAAGUGAAAACGAAAUUUGUUCUAGCUACAACAACAGAAACUGGAGCAUCAUUAUUGGAUGAAAUAAUACCUAAAGAAUUACAAGAUGUGAAAAAUAAAUCGAAAUCAUAA